CGCAGCAAUGCUUGGGUCCUACACGAAAGAUGCCCCCCAACGCGAGCGCCGUGGACUUCUUCCAGCUCUUCGUCCCUGACAACGUGGUGAAGAACAUGGUGGUACAGACGAACAUGUACGCCAAGAAGUUCCAGGAGCGGUUCGGCAGCGACGGGGCCUGGGCAGAGGUGACGCUGGCGGAGAUGCGCGCCUUCCUGGCCUACAUGAUCUCCACCAGCAUCUCGCACUGCGAGUCCGUGCUCAGCAUCUGGAGCGGCGGCUUCUACAGCAACCGCAGCCUGGCGCUCGUCAUGAGCCAGGCCCGCUUCGAGAGGAUCCUCAAGUACUUCCACGUGGUGGCCUUCCGCUCCAGCCAGACGUCGCACGGGCUCUACAAGGUCCAGCCCUUCCUGGACUCCCUGCAGAGCAGCUUCGCCUCAGCCUUCAGGCCUUCGCAAACCCAGGUGCUACAUGAACCCCUGAUCGACGAGGACCCUGUGUUCAUUGCCACGUGCACGGAGAGGGAACUGAGGAAGAGGAAAAAGCGGAAAUUCAGCCUGUGGGUCAGGCAGUGUUCCUCCACGGGCUUCAUCAUCCAGCUUUACGUGCACCUGAAGGAAGGCGGGGGCCCCGAUGGCCUGGACGCGCUGAAGAACAAGCCGCAGCUGCACAGCGCGGUGGCCAGGAGCCUGUGCCGGAACGCGGCCGGCAAGAACUACAUCGUCUUCACGGGGCCCAGCAUCACCAGCCUGACCCUGUUUGAAGAGUUCGAGAAGCAAGAGAUCUACUGCUGUGGGCUGCUCAGCGCCAGGAAGAGCGACUGCACCGGGCUGCCGCCGUCCAUGCUGACCAACCCCGCCACGCCCCCCGCCCGCGGCCAGCACCAGAUCAGGAUGAAAGGCAACAUGUCCCUCAUCUGCUGGUACAACAAAGGCCACUUCCGCUUCCUGACCAACGCCUACUCGCCACUACAGCAAGGAGCCAUCAUCAAGAGGAAGAGUGGGGAGAUCCCCUGCCCGCUGGCCGUGGAGGCCUUCGCCGCCCACCUCGGCUACAUCUGCCGGUACGACGACAAGUACAGCAGGUAUUUCAUUUCUCACAAGCCCAACAAGACCUGGCAGCAGGUGUUCUGGUUCGCCGUGAGCAUCGCCGUCAACAACGCCUACAUAGUGUACAAGAUGUCGGAUGCCUACCACGUGAGCAGGUACAGCCGCGCGCAGUUCGGGGAGAGACUCGUCCGGGAGCUGCUGGGCCUGGAGGACGCCUCGCCGACCCACUGAUGCCGGCCGGGGGCGCCGCCCGGGCUUGAGCGGGGACCAGGUCGAGCAGGGGAAGAGGAGGAGACCUGCCCGGUGCAAGACCCGGAGAUGCCCGCAGCGGGGCUUGCUGCCCAGGGGGGCCCAGGCCUCGGUAGGAGGACUGACGUGGUCGGAGGAUGGCCGCUGUCCCGGCUUCCACCCAGAGCCCAUCUCCCUGCGUGGUGAGUGCUCUGUGGAUGUGGGCUCCAUGCCGGAAUCCCCAGGGCCAUCCUUCCUCAGGACACGGCAGAGAACACUUGGGAUAGCAGAGGCCCCACGAGGGGAUGAGCCGUGGCACGUGCCUGCUUCACGAAGGUGGAAAGAGCUUCGCGACACGGUUCAAGUUCAGGCACAGAAGCGAGCGGGUUUCAGCUCUGCCGGUCAGGAGUUGGGGGAGGCCUGGAGCCAGCAGCUCUGAAGGGAGGCGUCGCAGCAGAAGAAACAUGGGCUCAGCGAGGGACAGGCGUGGCGCAGCUGCUGGGCCUCAUGUCCAGCCGGGAGCUGGGAACGCCAGAAGAACUGCAGCAGGGGGUGAUGCUAUUUUUAUUUUUAAUACACCUUCAGGUUAUUUUCUUACUGUUGCGUAGGGGCUGAUGUAAAGGAGCUGUCCCCUCUCCCACCCCGCCCAGUCCUGGUCCUUGCAUGUCCAGUGCUGUGUCCUGUGCUGUGGCAGGCUGGCGGGCAGCUCGCUCCCGGAGCAAUCGCGGUCGAACCGUCCGAGGACCACAGGAACCUGGGUUUCUGCCCCAGACAUCCCCGCUCCCAGAGCCCCUUGUUUUGACAACCAUGUGGCAUUGCUGAAACAAUGACGUUCUUACAGGUGACCGCUCGCUGGUCACCCUCCGUCUGGUAAGCCUGGCAGCGUCCACCGUUCUCUGAGUGGUCCCGCAGAGUGGCUGGCCUUGACGUGGGCCUGGGACCCACCUGGGUGGGGUGUGAUUGGACAGGGGCCGCAGGAUGGCAGUGGCAACACGGCUGUCAGUGGGCGGGGGCGCCUUCAUCUCCUGAAGGACCAACUGUACUUGUCCCCAUGGGAAACCCAGCAGAGGAGUGGGUGACUGGCCUGCCGGUCCCCACAGACAAGAAACAAAUGGUUUCUGGGACUACCCUGCCCUUCAGCCCCGUUUAUGUAACCACCUCAUUUUUACCAAUGCGGAAUCUGCUCAGGCUAUGGGACUCUUCCUGCACUCCCUUGGCGAGGUAGUUGUCGCGGCAGCAUGCUCCCACGGCCACGGCCACGCUGUCUUUGAGCUCCGACGAGCCCCUGCCCUGUGGUUUUAAUCCAGAUGCCACGGAUCGUAGGCCAAAUUUUAGAUCGUGUUCCAAACACCUUUGCCGUGCCCUUCAAUUGGAUCAAAAGCACUUUUACCACAUGAAGAAAUAUAUUUUUAAUUUGUGAUGCUUUUCUACAAGGUCCACUAUUUCUGAGUUUACUGUGUUUCCAACACUUAGGGAGACGCUAAUGAAAGCCGAUAAAUUUUCUUUUCUGUCCGAACCAGUAAAAUAAAAAUAAAAGUCUAUUUAGAUGUUGAGCCUUUGUUACUGUCUGGCUUUAUUAAAAAGGUCAGAAACUAACUACAGGCCGCUCCUUGGCAACAGGAUGGCCUGUGGUGCCCCCUGGGUGGUUUAUGGGGGAACCGGCCAGGUUUGGGCUGAGCGCUCCGUGCUGACGCUGGCAUUCCGUUCUUGGUGCCUGUCCCUCGGAGACGCCUUCCGCCCGGAGAGUGCCACCGUCCCAUGUCGUGUCACGGGAGCUGAGGUGCUCUGAUGGGAGCAGUGACACUGCCCUCCCCAGUGAUGAGUCACCCACGGUCUCGGCGCCCUGUGCCCCGUGGUGGCACUGCUUUCUGAGAAGUGCUGAGUGCACAGCAGCAGAGGCGUGUGGCCGACUGCGAAGUUUCCCUCCUCCCAGAAAGACAGAGACGUAGGACUGACCGACUGGACGAACCUUCAGGGACCUUGACUUUGCCUUAGAGACGUCAUUUGAGUGAUGUUUUUUUUUUUUCAGAAUUGCUCAAGUUAAAAUUCUUCUGCCCCAGGGGCCAGCAGGUAGCGUGGUGUUU